CGCUCACGGUGUUCCCGUUGGCAGCGUGCGGCUGUGACCCCGUGGGCUCGGUGCGCGAUGACUGCGAGCAGAUGUCGGGGCUGUGCUCCUGCCGGACGGGCGUGACGGGCAUGAAGUGCAACCUGUGCCCCCACGGCGGCAAACUGGGCACCGCCGCCUGCCAGGAAGACCCCACAGCCCCCAGGUCGUGCGAGGAGCUGAGCUGUGACUUCGGGGCCUCGUGCGUGGAGGUGAACGGCUUCGCCCACUGCGAGUGCCCGUCCCCGCUGUGCUCUGAGGCCAACAUGACCAAGGUUUGGGGACGGCGCCUUUGGGGUGCUCAGGGAGGUUUGGGGUGCUCAGGGAGGUUUGGGGUGCUCAGGGGUGUUUGGGGUGCUCAGGGAGGUUUGGG